AUGAGCGGAAACGUCCCUCAGUCGCUGUUUUUCCUGCAGACUCCAGAUCUGAAGGCUUUACUGAGCGUCACUCUGAGUCUGCAGGAGGAUGAGGAGCCGAGGACCAGACAGAUCCAGACCUGCAGGGAGCUGGUGCUGCUGUUCCAGGACGUUGUGGCCUGUCCUGCUCUGGACUCCUUCACUGAGAUCACAGCUCUCAUGACUAUCCCGUUUUUCCAUAAAGGCAUCGUCCAGGCCUUCGCUCACAGGCGCCACCUACAGCUGGCCCCUCCUCAGUGUGUGUUUCCUGCUGACCUUCAGCGUUGCCUCUCCUACUCUCUCGUCACCCGAUUGGCUCCCGGCUGGAACAAGGCGGGGCUUCACCUGGUCUGCGGAAAAGACUUCCUGACCGAGAGAGGAAGACUCAACGCCGUCAGCUUCAAGAUGAACGCCAGUAACGGUCAGCUGUGUCUGAGCGUUGAAGCUCGCACCGUCCGGCUGCCUCCAACCACACUGGAGGACUUUGGCUUCCCUCCGUUGGUCCUGAGGAGGUUCUUCAGUGAUCCAGAUUACGUUCUGGAUCCAGGAUGUCUCUGGUGCCACGUCCUGCCCAGCAUGAAGAAAGGUCAGAUCAUCUCUAUCAGCCGCCGGCUGCCUGCAGACGGACCGUUCAGGACCUACGGAGACCUGCAGAGACACUGGAACCUGCUGUACGGUUACAGACUCCCGCAGCUGCUGGAGGAGAAGGAGGUUUACUGCAGCGUUUACUUCAAACUGGUGGGACAGAAACUCUUCACCUACCCUCUGAGCUGCAUCCGCCUGCAGCCGCCGCAGUGCUGCCCCCGGGCGGACCUGCAGGGGGCGCUGCGCCGCUUCCUGUCCGACGCCCGGGACGCCCUGCGGAGUGUGUGCGGCGUCCCGGCGCGGCUGAGCAGCCGACCCCGCUACGGCGCGCUCGGCCUGACCCCGGCCUCCGCCGUCCAGGAGUCUGACGGGGAGCAGAUGAACCUGACCGCCGCCUCCUCCUCCAUCAGGCCGGUCCUCACCCAGCUGCCUCCUCUUCCUCCUCCUCCUCUUCCUCCUCAACCCGGGAGGUCUUUGUUUGGGCCGCAGCCCCCCGCCUCCUCCCUGGUCUGCCAGCAGGGCGGCGCUGUGGAGCUCGCAGAUGGACGGUUUCACAGCAGAGUGACGCAGUGUACGAAAGACGCAGGCUGGCCUUCUUCCUUCUCCACCUCGUCUCUUCCUCAACACCGUGCCGCUCCGCCCCUCAUCUCCACCUCCUCCGUCCCUCUCCUGAAGCCACCUUCAUCAUCCUCCUCUUCUCUCCCGUCCCUCCAGACAGCUUCGUCCGUCGCCCUCGCCUUCUCACCCUCGCCUUUUCAGCCAGCCUCUUCCCUCAACUCCACCUGUUCUCUCCAGCUCCACCGGCAGGCUCGCUCCUGCUCCACACCCUCCUCCACCCUCCCCCCUCCACCUCCACCUCCUCCUCCUGCUCAUCCCAAACUCGUUCCCAUUUUCAAGAACAAGCACCCGUCUCGUCACGUCAACGUGGCGCUGCUGAGGGCCGAGAAGGAGCGGAGGAGGGUCGGAGGGGAGGAGCGGGUGACGCUUCCUCCCUUUGGGAGGACGACUCCCACCACCUCCACCUCCCCUGCAGCCCCUCCUUUUCCUACGUCGCUCCCGCUCCGCCCUCCGCCGAUCGUGCCUCGCUUCAACCGUCAGCCCAAACGUCCCCGGCCGUCCGACCCUCCGAACGUCAGGCACCUCUCCAGCCUCAGUCCCAAGAUCAGACCGGGCGCCGUCAUCAGCCCAAAGCUGGAGGUCAGAGCAAAAACCAAGCCCAUCCUGAAAACCAGCGGCAAGACCAGCUCUGAGAAGACCAGGGCCGAGUCCAGCAGGGACACACAGGAAGACGCAGCGAGCUGGAGACCGCCAGCCGCUCCAUCAGAGCCUCAGAACUCCACCGACAAGGAUCCCACUGCCAGCAGAGAGAAGAAAGUGGCCUUCAAAAUAAAGGCCAAGAAGUCCAAACCUGCUGUGGAAGACGUGGAGCAAAUGGCCCGAAACAACCAGUUGUCCAGGCUGAGCUCGUCUUCUCUGUCUGCUUGGCUCAAACUGAGAGGAGUUCCUGUUUCUGCCAAACUGAAGAAAGACGAGCUGAUGCUGAAGGUCAUGAGCUGUCUGGCUGAGGCCUGA